UGAAUAUGAAUUUCUAGACUAAGGUUAGACUUCAGAGUAUUAUAGAUGUUUAACCCAUGCAUGUUUCCAUUAUUCUCAUUGACUAGCUCGGAGUUAAAAAAAUAAACAAAUAAAUUUUGCACGUAUUUUGCAAAUAAAUUAAACAAUUUGAUAGUCUGUCAGUUUGCUAGAGAAAAUCAUCUAGUUAUGAGUACAAUUGAUUAAGUUGUUAAACUAUAUAUUCUGCUUUGUUAAAGUACUUAUUAGAUGAUGGAGAAAAUUUCUGCACUAGUGUUCCUAUAAGCCAGAAGAAAGAUAGAUGGUCAUGAUGGGGAGCUUCAAACAUUUCAUCCUUGCAUUUCUUGUUGGUUUUGCCCUUAUAUAUCUAAUUGAUGCUCAGGAUCAAACAGGCUUCAUAAGCAUAGCCUGUGGAUCACCAGCCAAUUCUAGCUUUUCAGAGCCAACAACAGGCAUAAAUUACGUUUCGGAUGCGGCAUUCAUAGACACUGGUAUAAGUCAACAGAUAUCAGCUGUAUAUAAAGAUGGCUAUCAACAUCAAGUAUGGAAUCUCAGAAGCUUUCCUCAAGGAAUCCGAAACUGUUACAACAUAAGCAUUGUGCAAGGUACUAAGUAUCUGAUCCGAGGAACUUUCUUAUAUGGGAAUUAUGAUGGACUAAGUAAGUUACCACAAUUCGAUAUCCAUAUAGGAGUGAAUAUGUAGGAUACGAUCAACAUAACAGAUAUGUCCCUUGAUUUCUCCACGGAGCUCAUACAUGUCCCAUAUCAAAAUUAUUUACAAAUCUGUCUUGUAAACACGGGCUUCGGGGUGCUAUUUAUAUCGGCAAUAGAGUUAAGGCCAUUGGGCAAUAAGACGUAUUUAUCAAAUUCUGGAUCAUUGGCACUCUUCGCUCGCUUGGACGUGGGUUCAGUAACUGGCAAAACAUA